AUCUCAACUCAACUAGUACAGCCUUACCAGUCUACAAAUACGCCUAAUAGAUCCAGUGUGCUAAAGGAUACUUUUGAGAAUGUGAUAUCUUUAGUUGAACUUGAAAAUGUUCCAAACAUAUAUAACUUUCCAUUCUAUUUUUACAGCUUUUGUAAUUUGGUUGUGGUGGACGUACCCGAAUGUUGUGAAUUAUAUUUUGUUUUAAAAUUAUACUAUAAUUUACCAAUUCACCUGGGAAGUUCAGUAAUAAUUCACCAUGCCAAAAGACAUGGCUUUGGAAGUGGUGCCAAGGGCGAAAUGGGGGGCUUUACCGCCGAAAAACGAAGGAGUAGAGUUGGAACAUCCCAUAGAGUUCAUCUGGCUCAGGUCAGAACCAGAAAUGAGACCUUGUCUGACUCAGGAAAAAUGUAUAAAGGCUUGUCAAACCUUGCAGAAAAGGGACAUGGAGGCUCCCAAGUGCAUAGACAUCAAUGCUAACUUCAUAAUUGGUGACGACGGGCGAAUUUACGAAGGAAGAGGAUUAUUUGUGAAACCCCGUAAGAGUAAAGAAUUCCCCAAGUACGACGGGGAGUACAUUGAAAUCGUGUAUAUCGGACCUCUUGAUGACUGUCCUGAAGAACCGAAUGGCCAGAGGGUCUAUAAUUUGGUGUUUGACAUCAUCGAAUAUGCAGUUCCAAAAAGGUACAUGAUUGAAGAAGUAGCGUUUCUAGGAGAUCCUCCACCGUGGUUGAAAUGAGUGAAAAAGAAAUCUGAGAUGUUCUUAUUGUUAUUUAUGUGAAUUAUUACCUUAUAUCACCUGAUAUUCAGUUAUAUGUAAACAUCUUUUGUAAA